AUGGAGCGUCAUGAUAAGGGUUCUGCUUGGCUGAACAGUUUAUUCCCAACCAGCCCCAGUGGUCUCGCUACGCCUGUCUGUUACCUCCCAGGCUCCAGCUCCGCAGAACUUGAAUGUCCCGAAUCUGCUCCCCUCUUGUCGCCCAAACCACUCGGCAUAGGACAGUGUAAACUGGCAUCUUCAUCCACCGCGCCCAACAGGCAGAUGACCCCCAACAGUGCAUCUUGUUCACGCUUGCCUGUCAACCGGUUUCCCCCAACUACCACAGGCUUGCCCACGAAUCCAGCCUCAGCCCCGGUGACAACUCUUCUGCUUAAUACAACCCUCGGAGGUCGUCUUUUCGACCUGAACGUCAACCAUUUUGCUGCCCCGGCAACCCUACCACAGCAUUCUCUCAACACCAUUUCUGAGGCGGGCGUCUCCUCGACAUUCCUGUCUCGUGAGCUGGCCAAUCGCCGACAGCAACCAGACGCACAUACUCUUCAGGGUCUGGGAAUAGGCAACUUUCCUCACGGUCGUCUAGACCCCUUCCAGACAAGGGAGGUGAAGUUCGGAUCUGGAGCCACACUUCCUCUGUCCGUCACUUUCCCCUUUUCCCCGACCGGCCUGACCAACUCAUAUCCCCCCAAUUCUGGGCAGAGUCUUCGAAUGUCACCUACUCUUUUCCCAGAUUUGACAGAACAAUCAUCAGCAAUGCCGGUGGCUCAUUUUUCACAGACGCCCUUAUUCCCUCCUCGAGUGGGCCCAUCGCCACUUUCACUCGCCAUGCCUUUAUCCAUGUCGCUCGCCUCAACCAUACAGACAACUCGCCUCUCCUCUCUGUCGCCAUCUACUGCACAGACUCCCAUUCACACACCAACAACCACUCCAAUGCCAUCACCGUCAGCAACACCAACUCCCUGUCUUCAAAUAAUGCCCGGUUGUCAGGUGCCUGUUAGAUGGUCAGGUCUGGCCAGUGACCGGCAGAAUGAGCCCAAUUCCAUGCGUUUUGCUGCCCAAAUGUCCGGACAACCGUUGGGUGGACUUUUAUGCCAGCAAGCCAUUGCAACCUACUUGCAGUUGAUGGCUGCAUUACAACCUCAAACAAAUGUCAAGUCGCCGGACAACAGCCUCCAAACCCACUGGGCACAUCCGUCUUGGCGGAUGAAACAGACGAGGGCGAUCAGAGAAGGAGUGAACGGCGACAUGUGCACAUGCAAUCAGCUCAUCUGCCUGACAUCGGGUGCCGGUGAAGUCUGCAGCCACUGUUCUGGGACGCCGAGCCAUGGCAACAGUUUAUAUUUGCCAGAAAUGCAGACUAGCCUAGAAAUCGAAUCACAAAUGCAAGCGUCCAGUUGUGAUGACGUAGAAGUUACACAAAUGAGCAACGGGAAUUGCCUCGAAACGUCCAAUGAUGAAUCGCAUAUUAUCAAAAAACAAACCUCUUCUCAUCAGUUUUCAGGCUCCUUCACCAGUCCAACUGCCGGUACUACUUGCCCCAUUUCAUCUUUACCCUCUUUUCUCAGCACCACCGUCAUAUCUGCCACAGACACAACACCAACUGCAGGCCCCAUCUCAUCGGGACAAAAAUCCAUUUCUAUCCUCUCAGACUUAUCAGGCAAUGUCCGUCAGGAGUUCAGCUCAACUUUUGGUGCAAUCAAAAACGGGCCAACAUCUUUUUUGCAUUUUCCUCGAACAAGCAGAAAGUCAACCAGAGAUCUUGAAGCCUCGGCCUCUAAGGCCACUUUUGAUAAAACGAAUCAACGAUAUGUUGUGCGGGCGCAAGCAACAAACCGCCAACAAAAUCAACAAAAUAAUACUAAAAGUCAACACCACAUUCAGCAGCUGCAGCAGCAAUUUUUACAUUACCAGUCGUCAGCUCAACAAAACCAUAAGCGUCCAGUGGCUUCUGAGGCUCAUAGACUUGGAAACAAGUCAGCCAUUCUAUCAAAGUGA